AUGGGCUGUUGUUGUUGUUGUGUGAAGACGACAAGAGAUGAACCGGAGACGUAUGAGAAGAGGCGCAAUUGUACCGAUAUCUUCUUUGCACUUUUGUUUAUUGCAAUGUUGGCUUGUUUUGUGGCCCUCGGUGUGAUUGCCUUCGACAAGGGUGAUGUGAGGAGUAUUGUCUACGGGCACGAUUAUCUCGGUCACUACUGCGGUGAAGGGGAAGCCCCGCCAGACUUUGAAAGCAAAAUUCCAGAAACGGCCAUGUUUCAAAGUAAGAAGUGGGAAGAAAACAAGUUUGUGUGGUAUCCGCUGCCGCUCGCCAUUAAUUACUCCUCCGUGUUUAGUCACCUCAGCCGCUAUUUAAACCUCGGCGUCUGCGUGAAGACAUGUCCGGAAACAGAUGUAGAGGCGUUAAAACUAUUGGCUCAGGGUGGAAAUGCCACACAUCCCACCUUAUUAGAGAAGAUUCGUGUUUUCUCGUAUGGAACGACGGCGGCUAAUGGAGAGACGGUGCAGGCAGCUUCCCAGAUGUAUGCAGUAUAUGAUUCAUCUGAACUGAUUCGUAAAUGUCUUCCAAAACUCACACAACCGGAAGAAGUGCGAGACAUAAUUUCUGAUCCUUUUUUGCAGAAAGCUUAUACGUUUGCCAUGCAGGGAGCACAUGAAGUACAAAACAGUUGGCGUGUUUUUAUUAUUGAAGCGGCUAUAUGUGUUGCUUUGUGCUUUGUUUUUAUUGUGCUUAUGCGAUACAUGGUGGAUUUACUUGUGUGGCUUGUCAUUUUGUGUUUAUUCUUCAUAUUGGCUGGGGGUGGUGCAAUCUGUUAUUUCCUCUAUCACACGAGAGGAGAAAGUACUUAUUUACCAGUAUCAGGAAUAUCUGAUUAUGCAUUACUCUUUCUGGUUUUUGCAAUCAUACUGUGGGUAUUGUCACUUGUGUAUUUAUUUAUUAUAUUAGCACUCUGCUCUAAAGUACGUCUUGUCUGUGCUGUUAUUAAAAUCUCCAGUCGUGUAUUAGCCUCUGUGCCUUCAUUACUAAUUGUACCUAUUGUGAUUGGAGUAUUAAUACUUGUCGUACUUACUUGGUCUGUUGCGGUUGGUAUGGCAUUAUAUAGUGCUAGGAAGAGUGAUUCCAAACUUUCAUUGGUGCCUGUUACAGAUGGAUUAAAAUUCAGUGAUGAAACAGUUGUGGUGAUUAACAAUACCAAAUUUUAUUCCGUUGCAUCCCGUGUAUUAGAGACGGAUCAUAUUUUUGAAUAUUUGGCUGUUGCUGAUCUCUUUGCGUUUUUAUGGACGAUGGGAUUCCUCAGUGCCUUUUCAUUCACCGUCGUUGCCUUCGUUUCCGUCUUUUGGUACUUUUCAAGUUUACACAACAGUGAAAAGGCGGUACCACUCUUUGGUGUUUGCCGCGCGGUGUGUUGGACACUUGUAUACCACACCGGCACGAUAGCGUUGGGCUCUCUUAUCAUUGCUAUUAUACAAACUAUCCGUUUUCUUCUUUCUUACUUUGCGAAGAAGGCAAAGGCGGCGAUGGGGGAUAAUCAAUUGUUUAAGUGUGUAUUCUAUUGUAUGAAGUGUUUUGUUGCCUGUUUUGAAAAGGUGCUUUCUGUAAUUAAUAAAAAUGCAUAUGUGAUGAUGUGUAUUACAUCUAACGGUUUCUGCCUUUCCGCGUGUAGUGCUGUUUCCAUGAUCUUAACCUAUGCGGUGGAGCUUCUCUUUCUCGGCUGGUUGUUGGGGGUGGUCAUUUUCUUUGGAAAACUCUUCGUUGUUGGCUCCUGCUGUGUGUCUGCCUAUUUCCUCUGCACCGUGGAGAGUCUCGCCCCCGAUGUGGAGGUGAAGUUUAUGCCCGUCCUCGUCGUUGGCGUGAUGGCGUACUUUAUGUGCACUGUCUUCUUUAAUGUGUACAACUCCGCCGCCGAUGCGCUGUUGGUGUGUUACUGUUAUGAUCGGAAAAUGAAUGAAUCCAAUGGACUUUAUUAUGUGCCGUAUGAGUUGGAACAUCAACUGAAGGAUUACUCACAACGGGAGAAACUACGGGAAUUUAACGCCAUGCAGGCAGCAGCACACCAGGAUUGA